AUGCCGAAGCAUUAUAGGCCAGCGGGAAAGAAGAAGGAAGGAAAUGCCGCUAGGUAUAUGACCAGGUCGCAAGCACUUAAGCAUCUUCAAGUUAACUUAAACCUAUUCAGGAGGCUAUGUAUUGUCAAAGGUAUAUUUCCCCGAGAACCGAAGAAGAAGGUGAAGGGAAACCAUCACACUUACUACCAUGUGAAAGACAUUGCUUUCCUUCAACAUGAGCCGCUUCUUGAGAAGUUCAGGGAAAUUAGAACAUACCAAAAGAAGGUCAUAAAAGCCAAAGCCAAGAAAAAUGAGGAGCUCGCACGCAUUUUGCUUACCCGACAACCCACUUACAAGCUUGAUAGAUUGAUCCGCGAAAGGUAUCCCACUUUUAUCGAUGCGCUACGCGACUUGGAUGACUGUCUUACGAUGGUUCAUCUUUUUGCGGUGUUGCCUGCUUCAGACAGGGAAAAGCUUGAAGUGAAACGAGUCCACAACUGUAGAAAAUUGAGCCACGAGUGGCAAGCUUACAUUUCUCGUAAUCAUGCAUUACGGAAAGUGUUUGUGUCUGUUAAGGGCAUAUAUUAUCAGGCUGAAUUAGAAGGUCAAAAGAUCACUUGGUUGACCCCUCAUGCAAUACAACAAGUCUUUACGAAUGAUGUUGACUUUGGUGUCAUGCUAACCUUCUUGGAAUUUUAUGAGACGCUUCUUGCCUUUAUAAACUUCAAGCUUUACCAUUCUAUGAAUGUGAAAUAUCCACCAAUCCUUGAUUCUCGGUUGGAGGCUUUGGCUGCAGAUCUCUAUGCACUGUCGAGAUACAUAGAUGCUAGCUCCCGAGGCAUGUCUGUGGAACCAAAAGUUGAUGCUUCUUCUAGCUCACAGUCAAAUGGCCGUGAAGAGUCUGAACUGAGACUUGCACAACUUCAGCACCAGCUGCCUUCGAGUGAGCCUGGGGCAUUGAUGCAUCUCGUUGCAGACAAAGAGGUUGAAGAGGAUGAAGACACAAAAAUGUGCAAGUCGCUCUUCAAAGAUCUGAAGUUUUUCUUGAGCCGUGAGGUUCCAAGAGAGUCCCUCCUCUUUGUAAUUCCUGCUUUUGGUGGGAUGGUGUCUUGGGAAGGAGAAGGUGCACCUUUCAAGGAGGAUGAUGAGAGUAUUACACAUCAUAUAAUCGAUAAGCCCAACUCCGGUCAUAUGUAUCUGUCAAGGGAGUAUGUUCAACCACAGUGGAUCUAUGACUGCGUAAAUGCUCUCAUAAUCUUGCCAACUGAAAAAUAUCUGGUUGGAAGGGAAUUACCGCCGCACUUGUCACCAUUUGUGGACAAUGAAGCAGAAGGAUAUGUUCCUGAUUAUGCUGAGACCAUUAAAAGGCUACAAGCAGCAGCCAGAAACGACGUGCUUCCGUUGCCAGGUGUCGGGAAAGACGAUCUUGAAGAUCCUCAAAAUUUGUUAUACGCUGGUGUGAUGAGCCGUGCUGAGGAAGCCGAAGCUGCUAGAACCAGGAAGAAGAUGGAGGAGCUGGAGAAGCAAUACCAUGAGGAACUGAAGAUGGAACUGACUGGAAGUGCGGGUGAAGAAUCAGAAUCAGAAGAUGAUGAAGCAAAGACGCAAAUCCCUGAAGAAUCAGAAGCUGGUGCAGCAGUUUCGCAAAUCGCUGAAGAUGUUGCUGCGAUGCCCAGAUUACUCAUGUCCCGUAAAGCGAGGGGGCUAUACGACGCCAUGAAGAUGGGGGAUGAAAGGAAGAAUGAAACUGUCGAACGACUCGAGCGGCGCAGGAGAAUUUUGAAAAAUGCUCAAUAA